AUGCCUCUUCGAGCGAAGAUUCUGAGCCCGGCCAUGCAGCAGAGCGCAUCCCGACAAUUUUCUACAGUCGCAGAGAUCAAGGAACAACCCGGCGACGAACCUAACGAUGUGCUCUUUAGCAACCAGGGCGGUGUUCGAACUAUCACCCUCAACCGACCCAAGAAGCUCAACUCCCUCAAUGGCAGCAUGGCGCGGAAGAUUAUUCCAAGGAUGAAAGAGUGGAGCAAGAGCGAUCUGGCGAAUGUCGUCGUGAUCAAGGGUGAGGGAAGGGCGUUCUGUGCGGGAGGAGACGUCGCUUGGCUGGCUCAGAGGAAUAAAGAGGGCACUGAAGGGCAGCAAGAGAGCAAGGACUACUUCGCACUGGAAUACAAGCUGGACCAUCUAAUCUCCACCUACAGCAAACCCUACGUCGCCUUCAUCGACGGCAUCACCAUGGGCGGCGGUGUAGGCCUGUCUCUACACGCGCCAUUCAGGAUAGCAACGGAGAACACCGUCUUUGCUAUGCCCGAGACAAACAUUGGCUUCUUCCCAGAUGUCGGAGCGUCUUUCUUCCUGCCACGGAUGGACGGUGAGCUGGGAAUGUACUGUGCCCUCACUUCUGAGCAGAUCAAGGGAGUACACAUCUUCUACGCUGGAGUAGCAACCCACUAUCUGCACUCCUCAUCUCUCCCGGACCUGGAAGCCCGUCUAGCCGAGCUCGAAUUCAAAGAUUACGACAACCUCCAGCAACGCUACAAGAUCAUCAACUCCACUAUCGAAGAAUUCGUCACUGGCCUGCCGCAUGAUCAGCCGGUUUCUGCGGGUCCAGCUGGAGGAAACAUUCGUCAAGCCAUCGAUUAUACCUUCCAACCUGCCAAUGAUAUCAAUCAGAUUCUUGAGACACUGGAAACCCUGGAGCACAUGGAUUCAAACAACCCUGCUUCUACUGAAGUCUCACCAUGGGCCGUAAAGACCCGCAAGACCAUCCUGCAACGGUCGCCAACAUCCGUCCGCGUCUCUCACAAGCAACUCCGCGACGGCAAGAAAUGGACCAUCGCCGAAACCUUCAAGAAAGAACACGCCAUCGCGUCCCGCUUCAUGGAACACCCCGACUUCGUUGAAGGCGUCACCGCCCUCCUCGUCGACAAACCCAAGCGCACACCAUCCUGGUCUCCUUCUACCCUCGAGCAAGUCUCCAACCGCGACGUCGACAGCUUCUUCUCCCACGAGACGGACUUCGAGCUUCUAGGCACAGAAGCAGGCAGCAACGGCCAAGAUUACAACAACUACCCUCACGCCUGGAUCGGUUUGCCCAGGGAAGUCGAUGUCUACCAGCAAGUGAGAGAUGGAUCGUCAAAGGAGGCUAUCAUUGAACAUUUCGAGAAGCAAAAGAACGGCAAAGUGGGCGUCAGGGAGAAGGUGGAAGAUAUUCUUCUGAGAAAGGCGGAGGAUGUUGGUGGGAGAUUGCAAUGGAAGAGGUAG